AUUCCGGAAUUCUCUUAUUCUAGAAUUCUUCUAUCCCAGAAUUUUUCUAUUCCGGAAUUCGUCUAUCCUAGAAUUAUCUUAUUCCGGAAAUUCCUUAUUCCGGAAUUCUCUUAUUCCGGAAUUCUUCUAUCCUCGAAUUAUCUUAUUCUAGAAAUUCAUUAUUUCGGAAUUCUAUUAUCCCGGAAAUUUCUUAUUCCGGAAAUUUCUUAUUCCGGAAAUUUCUUAUUCCGGAAAUUUCUUAUUCCGGAAAUUUCUUAUUCCGGAAAUUUCUUAUUCCGGAAAUCUCUUAUUCCGGAAAUUUCUUAUUCCGGAAAUUUCUUAUUCCGGAAAUUCCUUAUUCCGGAAAUUUCUUAUUCCGGAAAUUCCUUAUUCCGGAAAUUCCUUAUUCCGGAAUUCUAUUAUUCUAGAAUGCUCUUAUUCUAG